AUGACCUUCCGGGAUAUGAUCUGGCUCAACUCCAGCAGCGGUGUGUUGAACCGACAGGCAGUCGCCAAGUACAGGAAAUUAACAGUUGCCCCAGAGUCCACCAAAGCAUUCACUUCUCUUCAGGAGGUCUCCACCUUCAGCAUGACACCCAAAUCUAUGGGGAGGAAUUCCACGACAAAUACAAUCAUUUUCGCCAAUGGGGUUUACCCAACCCCCACCGGCCGGGAGCCGGAGCCGGAGCCGGAGCCGGGGCCGCAGCUGCCGGCAGUGACGGCUUUGCUCCGGGGUUACCCCCUUCCUCGCAGACGUUUUUACCUUCUACUCCUGGUGCUCUGUGGAGGAGUCGCCACUUUCCCGCUGACGGAGCGGACCGCUGCAGCCGCCCCGGGCUGCGCAACCUGCGACUCCCUGGCGCUGGAGAUCCAGAGCUCAGCGGCCGAGCUCCGGGAUGCUCAGCUGUGUGAGUAUUUCUCCUUCUGUGACGGGGACCAGGGAUCGCUGCUCACCCACGACUUCAACCUGCCGCAGAUCCGAUCUCAGGACCGAUGUACAAAGAUCAGUUUCCAUAAGGUGAGUGAAGCCCGACGGAGCAGCCGUUUCCUUGUAAAGUAGGGCAUUUCAGUCUGUGGAAAAGUGUACCUCCAGGGUAAACAAAAAGGAGUAGGCAUUUCGUUUGUAGUUUACGAUAGUUAGGUUCCAACAAAGCAGCGUUUAAAUCGA